AUGAUAUCAAAGUUCCAUGUUUUACCCAAGCAGGGUAUGGGACAUGCAACAAGAAUGAUGCGCCAGUUGAGAUGUUUCAGCACACCUCCCAAAUAUAAUGAGGGUCUCCGCAGGUCCACUGGUGCUCUUGCUGCAUUAUCUCUCGGGGUUGGUGUGUGUUUGGGGCUUUACAUCUCAUAUGUACCACACUCAUCAAAGCAAGUAUUUCCUUUGGCCUCCAUUACUCCCCUCCAUGAGCUGAAUCCCCCACAGUAUGGCAGUGAAGAAGAUUUAAAAAAUUGUAUUAUAGAAAUCCAAAAGAUCAUUGGUGAUAAUUCGGUUGCAGACAGCGAGGCUGAGAUCGAUCAUCAUACAGAUAAUGGAUUCAAUCCAUCUAAGCCACUGCCGCAUCAAAAGCCUAGAUAUGUGAUUUAUCCAGAGUCUACCGAGGACGUGUCUCACAUUAUGCAGAUCAUCAACAAGUACAGUAUUCCUGUAGUGCCUUACUCCGGGGGGACGGCAUUGGAAGGUCACACCUAUUCUACGAGGCCAGGCAUCGUUUUGAACACUUCCAGAAUGAACAAAAUCCUGCAAGUCAAUGUUGAUGAUCUUGAUGCUGUUGUUCAAGCAGGCGUUGGCUGGCAACAACUGAAUGAGCAUCUAUCAAAGCAGAAGGACAUGGAAAACUUGAUGCUCGGUUGCGAUUGCGGUCCUGGUGCACAUAUUUGUGGAAUGGUGAGUACUAAUGCCUCAGGUAUCGGCGCUACCCGCUAUGGAUCGAUGGCAUCGAAUGUUAUCUCGAUUAAAGCUGUCUUAGCUGAUGGAACAGUAAUCAAAACCAAACAGAGGCCAAGAAAGUCCAGCGCUGGAUACAACUUGACAGGACUACUGGUUGGAAGCGAAGGAACAUUGGCUGUUGUGACUGAAGUUGUAGUAAAGCUUCAAGUCAAACCCGCCUACGAGGCUGCUGCUGUGGUUCAAUUUCCUUCUGUAAAUGACUGCACCAGGUCUAUGGCGUCUUUUUUCAAAAGUGGUCUUCCCCUCAACGCGGUAGAGCUUUUGGACUCUGACAUGAUGCGGUGUAUCAACUACAGCGACUUGGUGACGAAGAAAUUUGAAAACAUGCCAACUCUAUUUAUCAAAAUUGGAGGGCUGAACAGGAUAAUUGUGGAAGAAUAUAUUAAGGAAGUAAAAUCAAUUUCUCAAGCAAAUCAUUGCAGUUCUUUUGAGUUCGCCAGAUCCGCUGAAGAGGCCGAAGAGCUCUUUUCUGCACGAAAGAACGCUUUGUAUAUGAUGCUGGAUUAUGGAUUCAACGAAAUCAGCCCUGAUGCCAAAAUGUGGAUUACUGAUUGCGCUGUACCGCUUUCUCGGUUAGCAUCAACCCUGGAACAAUUAAACGAAAUGAUGAAGGAAUACCCUAUGCAGCACAUGGUAUUAGGGCAUGGGGAUGCCAAUUUGCACUAUGAUAUCUUUUACACGCCAGAUCAAUAUGAAAUGUGUAGAGAGGCUGUUGAUAGGAUGGCCAAGCUCACUAUUGCUAACGAGGGUACCUGCUCCGGGGAACAUGGUAUUGGUGCUGGAAAAAGGGCACUUUUGGAAACCGAGUUGGGCGAAGACACUAUUUCAAUGAUGCGCAAGUUGAAGUUGGCUCUCGAUCCCAAACGACUACUAAAUCCGGAUAAAGUUUUUAAAACAGAUCCUCUCGAUGAAAACACCAAAUGA